UUCUGAUUCUGCUGACUGGUAAAAGUAGCGUAGCGUCACUCCACCCACGCUGCUUUACCCUCUCUUCUGAGCGUCGCUCUCUUUCUCUCUCUACGCUUCCUCUCCCUCUCUCGCGCACAGAGACACAGAGUGGGGCUGCGGGAUCUCCGCAGAGAUAGACAGUGAGAAAGGGAAAGAGAUAGAGAGGGAGAGGGAUAGAGGGGGUGAAGCGCACCCUUUGUCCAAACUCUGAAGAAGAGUCUUUGAUGGAUGGAAAUGGUUUGGAAGUGAGAGCAGAAGGCGGUGUUGCGAAGAAGACAGCAGAAUGGCGUUGAUAGACCGUGGAAUCUUGGAAUCACACAAUUUUGUUCUCUGCUAACUAUUUGCGUGCUUCGUACGGUCUAUCCACGCUAAUCUGCGUUGUUAAGUGUAGCAAACUAUGAUGGGUGAUGGGACUAGGGUUUCAGUGACUGAAUCCAAUCACUCAGUUCCGGAGGACUUCGUGAGACCCUCAUACUGGCUAGAUGCCUGUGAGGACAUCCCCUGCGAUUUUGAUUUUGAUACCCCCACGUUUGUGCCGGAUUCGCACGAUGGUAGCUGUGGUCAGGGUGAUGCCGUUGAUCCCUGUUUCUUUGGAGGAAUCGACCGCAUUCUUGACAGUAUAAAAAAUGGAACGGGCCUUCCUCCCAGUGGUAUUGAUGACUCCUCCACUAGGGAACCCUGGUUAGGGAAUCAAAAACAAAAUGGGGUUUCCCAGGCCUGCAAAAUGCAAGUUGAAGAGUUGGUUACUGAAGGCGGAGCUGAAUCUAAUGGCGCUGCGAAAGAUAAGAAUUUUUGGAAGAAUUCACAGGAAGAUAGUGGUGGUGUUGUUAAUGGGAACAUACUGUUGGAUGGUAAAGCAGAACAGAAGGUGUUGCAUCCUCCCAAGCAAAAUGGAAGUAGGGAGAUCCGGAGGGAUCGAGAUUUUGACAGCAAUGAGGAGAGAGGCAGCAAAAGGGCUAGACUUUGCAGCUAUAAAAAUGAGAGGCAUUUUUUGAAUAGAGGGCAGUUCUACCCGAGGGAGAGAGGUUCUAUUAGUAGAAAGAGGCUGCAUGAAUGGGAGGAGAGUGAUAAGAGGGACAGAGAUCAUAAUAGGAGGAGAGAACAUUACAAUAGCACUAGGAGAGAUAGGAGAGAUGGCAGGGAUAGGGACUGGAGGGAAAGAGAGGGAGCAAGGGGUUAUUGGCAGAGGGAUCCUUUGGGAUCAAAAGAAUUAGUUUUUCACUUAGGUUCAUAUGAAGCUGAUCGUGGCAGAGAGGGGAAGGCACCUCCUGAAAAAAGCCAGGAAUGCAAAUUAUGCAAUGGAAGGCCGGAGAAGAAACCGGAGGAGCGUAAGGAGAAAUUGCUGGAGGAGCAAGCCCGCCAGUAUCAGUUAGAUGUUCUUGAACAGGCUAAGAAGAAAAAUACAAUAGCCUUUCUUGAAACAGGAGCAGGGAAGACGCUUAUUGCUGUCCUCCUCAUAAGAAGUGUUUUCAAUGAUCUGCAAAUGCAAAACAAGAAAUUGCUCGCUGUAUUUUUGGUGCCUAAGGUUCCUCUUGUUUAUCAGCAAGCAGAAGUUAUUCGUGAGCAAACUGGUUAUCAAGUAGGCCAUUACUGUGGUGAAAUGGGGCAAGAUUUCUGGGAUGCUCGGAGGUGGCAGCGUGAGUUUGAAACAAGACAGGUUUUAGUAAUGACAGCUCAAAUACUGUUAAACAUUCUGAGGCACAGCAUAAUAAAAAUGGAAGCUAUCAAUCUUCUUAUUCUAGAUGAGUGUCAUCAUGCUGUGAAGAAGCACCCAUAUUCAUUAGUGAUGUCUGAGUUUUAUCAUACUACUCCAAAGGAGAAGAGACCAUCGGUUUUUGGAAUGACUGCUUCUCCUGUUAAUUUAAAGGGUGUUUCCAGUCAGGUGGAUUGUGCAAUAAAGAUUCGUAAUCUUGAAAGUAAACUUGAUUCUGUUGUUUGUACAAUAAAAGAUCGUAAGGAGCUGGAAAAACAUGUACCAAUGCCCUCUGAGAUUGUGGUGGAGUAUGACAAAGCAGCCAGCUUCUGGUCCUUCCACGAACAAAUAAAACAAAUGGAAACAGCAGUGGAAGAAGCUGCACAGUCAAGUUCUAGGAGAAGUAAAUGGCAGUUUAUGGGAGCUAGAGAUGCUGGGGCCAAGGAAGAGCUACGCCAAAUUUAUGGUGUCUCUGAAAGAACAGAAAGUGAUGGGGCUGCUAAUUUAAUACAAAAAUUGAGAGCUAUUAACUAUGCGCUUGGUGAACUGGGACAGUGGUGUGCUUACAAGGUAGCACAGUCUUUUUUGACAGCUUUACAAAAUGAUGAAAGGGCAAACUACCAGCUUGAUGUCAAGUUUCAAGAGUCUUACUUGAAUAAAGUUGUCUCUCUCUUACAAUGCCAAUUAUCAGAAGGAGCUGUUUCUGAGGACAGUAAAAGUGUGAACAUAGAUAGUGGUGCUGCUCAAGGUGGAUGUGACUUUGAUGAGAUUGAGGAGGGAGAGCUUCCUGAUAGUCAUGUUGUCUCUGGUGGUGAGCAUGUGGAUGUGAUAAUUGGAGCAGCUGUAGCUGAUGGAAAAGUGACCCCAAAGGUGCAGUCACUGAUUAAAAUACUUCUCAAAUAUCAGCACACUGAUGAUUUCCGUGCGAUAAUCUUUGUUGAGCGAGUGGUGGCUGCCUUAGUUCUUCCCAAGGUUUUUGUGGAGCUUCCAUCUCUAAGUUUUAUUAAGAGUGCAAGCUUGAUUGGGCACAACAACAGUCAGGAAAUGCGGACAUCCCAAAUGCAGGACACAAUUGCCAAAUUUCGAGAUGGUCGUGUGACAUUGUUAGUUGCCACUAGUGUUGCUGAGGAAGGGCUUGAUAUUCGGCAAUGCAAUGUUGUCAUUCGCUUUGACCUUGCAAAGACGGUCUUGGCAUACAUUCAGUCUAGAGGUCGUGCCAGAAAGCCUGGAUCAGAUUAUAUCUUGAUGGUUGAGAGGGGAAACUUGUCACAUGGAGCAUUUCUACGGAAUGCUAGGAACAGUGAGGAGACUUUGAGGAGAGAAGCAAUUGAGAGAACUGAUAUCAGUCAUCUUAAGGGGAAUUCAAGGUUAAUUUCUGCGGACACAACACCAGGUACAGUGUACCAGGUUGAGUCAACUGGUGCUAUUGUGAGCUUAAAUUCUGCUGUGGGACUCGUCCAUUUCUACUGCUCUCAGCUACCCAGUGACAGGUAUUCCAUACUUCGUCCUGAGUUUAUUAUGGAACGGCAUGAGAAGCCCGGAGGUCCUACUGAAUAUUCAUGCAAGCUUCAACUCCCCUGUAAUGCACCAUUUGAAAAACUAGAGGGUCCUGUUUGCAGUUCAAUGCGCCUGGCACAACAGGCUGUUUGUUUGGCUGCUUGCAAGAAACUCCAUGAAAUGGGAGCAUUCACAGACAUGCUCUUGCCAGAUAAGGGCAGCGGGGAAGAAGGAGAAAAGAUUGACCAAAAUGAUGAAGGUGACCCACUUCCUGGGACUGCUAGGCAUAGAGAGUUCUAUCCUGAAGGUGUAGCUAAUGUUCUACAGGGAGAUUGGAUUUUAUCUGGAAAAGAUGGUUAUAGUGACUGCAAACUGUUUCAUCUGUAUGUGUAUGCUGUAAAAUGCAUAAAUGUUGGCUCCUCAAAGGAUUCCUUUUUAACUCAAGUUUCAGAUUUUGCUGUACUUUUUGGCAAGGAGCUGGAUGCAGAGGUGUUAUCGAUGUCGAUGGAUCUUUUUAUCGCUCGCACCAUGAUAACAAAGGCAUCUCUUGUCUUCAGGGGAUUGAUUGAUAUUACAGAUAAUCAGCUGACAUCCCUUAAGAGUUUUCAUGUAAGGCUGAUGAGCAUAGUGCUGGAUGUGGAUGUUGAGCCUUCUUCUACUCCUUGGGAUCCUGCAAAGGCAUAUUUGUUUGUUCCUGUGGUUGGCGAUAAGUCUGUAGAUCCUAUAAAUGAAAUUGACUGGGAUCUGGUUGAAAAAAUAAUUGGGAUGGAUGCGUGGAGCAACCCCCUCCAGAAAGCCAGACCAGAUGUUUACCUUGGCACAAAUGAACGGACACUGGGUGGAGACAGGAGGGAGUAUGGCUUUGGGAAACUGCGUCACGGCAUGGCAUUUGGCCAGAAAUCUCAUCCCACCUAUGGCAUUAGAGGAGCUGUGGCAGAGUUUGAUGUUGUGGAGGCUUCUGGAUUGGUUCCUACUCGCAAUGUCAUUGAAAUAUCAAAACAAGUGGAUUUGACCAGAGGCAAACUGAUGAUGGCUGAUUCUUGCGUCAGUGCAGAUGAUCUCGUUGGUAGAAUUGUAACAGCUGCUCACUCUGGGAAGAGGUUUUAUGUGGAUUCUGUGCGCUAUGAUAUGACUGCAGAGAACUCAUUCCCAAGGAAGGAAGGCUAUCUUGGUCCUCUGGAAUACAGCUCGUAUGCUGAUUACUACAGGCAAAAGUAUGGAGUGGAAUUGAUCCACAAACAACAACCUUUAAUAAGAGGACGUGGUGUUUCGUAUUGCAAGAAUCUCCUAUCCCCUCGAUUUGAACAUUCGGGAGCACAUGAAGGUGAAUUCGAAGAGACUCUUGACAAAACAUAUUACGUGUUCCUCCCUCCUGAGCUGUGUGUUAUACACCCACUUCCUGGAGCACUUGUUCGAGGUGCCCAGAGAUUGCCUUCAAUAAUGCGAAGGGUUGAAAGCAUGCUGCUUGCAGUUCAGCUCAAGGAUAUAAUUAAUUAUCCUGUCCUCGCUUCAAAGAUCUUGGAAGCCUUAACUGCUGCUUCUUGCCAGGAGACAUUCUGUUAUGAAAGAGCAGAACUUCUUGGCGAUGCCUACCUAAAAUGGAUUGUUAGUCGAUUUCUUUUUCUUAAAUAUCCCCAGAAACAUGAGGGUCAGCUCACUAGGAUGAGACAACAAAUGGUUAGCAACAUUGCUUUAUAUCAGUAUGCAUUGAGCAAAGGACUUCAGUCGUAUAUCCAGGCAGAUCGCUUUGCUCCAUCUAGAUGGGCUGCUCCCGGGGUGCUUCCAGUUUUUGAUGAAGAUACCAAGGAAGCAGAAUCAUCUUUAUUUGAUGAAGAGAGGCCCGCCACCGAGACUGGAACGGGAGCUGAUUGCCAUGGUGAUGGAUAUGAAGAUGACAAAAUGGAAGAUGGUGAGCUCGAGAGCGAUUUGAGUUCUUAUAGGGUUCUGUCUAGCAAGACACUAGCAGAUGUUGUUGAAGCUUUAAUUGGUGUUUAUUAUGUCGAAGGUGGGAAGAAGGCUGCAAAUCACCUCAUGAAUUGGAUUGGGUUUCAAAUAGAGUUUGAUCCUGAAGCAAUAUGCACAACCAGGCGAUCCACUAUUCCAGAGAGUAUACUCAAGAGUGUCAAUUUUGAUGUUUUGGAAGUUGCCUUGAAUAUUAAGUUUAACGAUAGGGGCCUGUUAGUAGAAGCUCUUACUCAUGCUUCGCGACCAUCUUCUGGAGUUUCUUGUUACCAAAGAUUGGAGUUUGUUGGUGAUGCUGUCUUGGAUCAUCUCAUUACAAGGCACUUAUUCUUCACAUACACAGAUUUGCCUCCAGGCCGUUUGACUGAUUUGCGAGCUGCUGCUGUCAACAAUGAGAACUUUGCACGAGUUGCAGUUAAACAUAAGCUCCAUCUGCACCUUCGGCAUGGGUCGAGUGCCCUUGAAAAGCAGAUUCGAGAGUUUGUAAAGGAGGUUCAAAAUGAAUUGUCAAAACCAGGGUUCAACUCCUUUGGUUUGGGAGAUUGCAAGGCUCCAAAGGUUCUUGGUGAUAUUGUUGAGUCUAUCGCUGGUGCCAUAUUCCUUGACAGUGGACGUAAUACUGCAGUUGUCUGGAGGGUGUUCCAACCAUUGUUCGAUCCAAUGGUUACUCCAGAAACACUUCCAAUGCAUCCUGUAAGGGAGCUGCAGGAACGUUGCCAGCAACAGGCUGAAGGCUUGGAAUAUAAAGCCACUCGGAGUGGCAAUUUAGCUACUGUUGAAGUAUUUAUUGAUGGUGUCCAGAUUGGGGUUGCUCAGAAUCAACAGAAGAAGAUGGCACAGAAACUGGCUGCCAGGAAUGCACUUGCUGUUUUGAAAGACAAGGAAACAGCUGAAGCUAAAAAUCAGGGUGAUGAGAACGGGAAGAAGAAAAAGAAUGGCUGCCAAACAUUUACCAGGCAAACCUUGAAUGACAUCUGCUUGCGAAGAAAUUGGCCGAUGCCAUUCUACCGGUGCAUUAAUGAGGGUGGCCCCGCUCAUGCAAAGAGGUUUACAUUUGCUGUUCGUGUAAAUACUACGGAUAGGGGAUGGACCGAUGAGUGCGUUGGUGAGCCUAUGCCUAGCGUCAAAAAGGCCAAGGAUUCUGCCGCACUUCUUCUCUUGGAACUUCUAAAUAAACUGUAUGCAUGACUGCAAUCAAGAGGAUUGGUGGUGGCAGCCCUUUCUUGCUGUUGCGAUUAUCAUAUUGAUGAAUACUCCUCAUAUUUGGUAUACAAGGUAUUGGGCGCGCGCAAGCCCUUCGUGUUGCAUCUCUCUGUUUUUAUUGUGAGCUAUGCACGUAAAAUAUUAUCUCAGAUAAGGUCAAGAGAAUCAUAUUCUGACAUACUUCAGGUUAGGAAGAUCUGAUUAUGUGGCCUGAGCAGCAAAAUAUUUUUGUGGUUGCUUAACCGUGCAUUUGGCUGAACACAGAGACUUUCAAGUUGUAUGUUGUUUAAUUCAACUUGUUUUACUUUUUCACGCCUCUUGGUCAUUGAUCUUUUAUAUUUCCAAUGGCUAGAAACGAUCCCUGCACCCAUUUUGAACUAGUACACAGAUUCUUUAAUGGUUACUUUUUCUAAGACA